UGCACCUACAGAGGCUUCACUAUAUGCUUUUAAGCGUCUUUGCUAUUCUGUUUACCAGUUGUCAGCCAUCAAGCUUGCAUGGCUACAUCACAGGAUAAUUUAGAAAAAGGCAAAGGUAUAUUGGAUCCCCCUAUCAUUUGUGAAACAGCUGCUAGCUAUCAAGCAUGUAUGACUACGUCAUCUCCUAAUUUAGACAAAGGAAAGGGUACAUUGGACCCCCCUAUCAUUCGUGAAACAGGGUCCACAUCGGGUACAUCUAACCUGCGUCAUGUUACCUUGAACACCGUACCAAUCAAAGCUCAUAGGCGGGCCAAAAAGGUGUGCCUGGUCACUAAAGAGCAACGAAGUGAGUAUGUUGCUCUAAAAAGGUCCCAAAUUGUCAAUUUUGUCAUGCAAAGAAGUUUGAAUAUGAACCUCCAGGAUUUUGCUGUAACAAUGGUUCAAUAAGGUUGACAUCUCAUAAAAUGCCAACUGAAUUAUCGGAGUUAUACUUUGGAAAUACUGAAGAAUCUGAAAAUUUCCGAACUUAUAUUAGAACGUACAAUAACAUGUUUGCAUUUACUUCACUUGGUGUCAAGUAUGAUAAAGAGCUAGCGAGAAGAAAUUGUGGUAUCUACACAUUUAGAG